AAUCGAAUCUCUCUUCUUAUCUCUUUACCUCAAAGAAAAAUAUCUAAAUCUUAAACAAGAAGCAAAAAAGAAAUGACGACGACAGAGAAGAAAGAGAUGGAAGUGGUGAAAGGCCUCGACGUGGCCAGAUACAUGGGCCGUUGGUACGAGAUUGCUUCUUUCCCCUCUCUGUUUCAACCCAAGAACGGCGCCGAUACUCGCGCCACCUACACCCUUAACCCCGACGGUACGACGAUCCACGUCUUGAACGAAACCUGGUCCAACGGCAAGAGGGGUUACAUCGAAGGCUCCGCCUAUAAGGCCGACCCUAAAAGCGACGAGGCUAAGCUCAAAGUCAAGUUCUACGUCCCUCCUUUCCUCCCCAUUUUUCCCGUCACCGGAGACUACUGGGUGCUCUACAUCGAUCCUGACUACCAGCACGCCCUCAUCGGCCAGCCCUCCAGGAGUUAUCUCUGGAUAUUGAGCAGGACGGCCCAUAUGGAGGAAGAAACGUAUAAGCAGCUGGUGGAGAAGGCGGUAGAGCAAGGAUACGACGUCAGCAAGCUUCACAAAACUACUCAGCAUGACACACCACCUGAGUCCGACUCAGCCCCCACAGACGCCAAGGGCGUUUGGUGGUUCAAAUCUCUCUUUGGCAAAUAGAUUACAGAACACACUUCUUUUACUCGUUUGUCUGUGUAAUAUAUACUGCACCCUUUGUUUCCCUCUAGUUUAUCGUCUAUCUCUGCUUUUGUCUGUUUUAAACACCUAAAUCUAUAUUUUGCAAAAGUCGGAUCUCUAUUAUCAUAAAAGCACAUUUAAGAAAAGCAAUCAGAGAAUCUGGCAGAGAUAAAUGAAUUCUUGCAGAA